CCGGGACAAUAGAGACACCCUCCCGGACUCCUCUCCCGGGCCGUCCGGGGCUGUCGGCGGGUGGGGUAGAAGAGGGGCCGGGACGCGUCCCACUUGCCCACUCUCUAGGGGUCGGUCUGUCCCGGACCGGCGCCGGCCUCCGGCGGCUCGACUCUCCUCCCCCCAGUCGGUAUGAUGCAGCAGCAGUGCCGCAGGGACGGGGGAAGAGCCGAGGCCCGGCCUCCUACCCUCCCCAGUGCCCCUGGCUCAUUUGUCAGUCCCCACCUCACUCUAGGCCGGCUGCUCCUUAAACUCGUACCCACCGUUCAGAGGGGCCCCGGACUGUGGGCACUGUUUCUAAAUCCUUUGGUGGGGAUUCCUGGACUUUGGAGCUCUUGGAGAGACUUCCGGGCAGCCGUGUUGCCGCCCGCUGUGCUAUGAGCAGUCAGAGCGCCGUCUCCACAAGAGUUUACAAAUGAAAAUGGAGGAAAUGUCUUUGUCUGGCCUGGAUAACAGCAAACUAGAGGCCAUCGCUCAGGAGAUAUACGCUGACCUGGUCGAGGAUUCUUGUUUGGGAUUCUGCUUUGAGGUACACCGGGCUGUCAAGUGUGGCUACUUCUUCCUGGACGACACGGAUCCUGAUAGCAUGAAGGAUUUUGAGAUCGUGGACCAGCCGGGGUUGGACAUCUUUGGACAGGUUUUCAACCAGUGGAAGAGCAAGGAGUGUGUUUGCCCCAAUUGCAGUCGCAGCAUUGCCGCUUCCCGUUUUGCUCCCCAUCUGGAGAAGUGCCUAGGAAUGGGUCGGAACAGCAGCCGAAUCGCCAACCGCCGGAUUGCCAAUAGCAACAGUAUGAACAAGUCUGAGAGUGACCAAGAAGAUAAUGACGACAUCAAUGACAACGACUGGUCCUAUGGCUCAGAGAAGAAAGAUUGGGAACUUAAAGUGACCCUGCCCUUUAUCCUUUUGUCCUACACAGCCAAGAAGAGAAAAUCAGACAAGCUAUGGUAUCUCCCAUUCCAGAACCCCAAUUCCCCUCGAAGAUCCAAGUCUUUAAAACACAAAAAUGGGGAACUUAGCAAUUCGGAUCCUUUUAAGUAUAACAGCUCAACUGGGAUCAGCUAUGAGACCCUGGGACCUGAGGAGCUGCGUAGCCUGCUCACCACGCGAUGUGGGGUGAUUUCUGAACACACCAAGAAGAUGUGCACAAGGUCCCUGCGCUGCCCCCAGCACACGGAUGAGCAGCGGCGAGCCGUGCGGAUUUACUUCCUCGGACCCUCCGCCGUCCUGCCAGAGGUUGAGAGUUCCCUGGAUAAUGACAGCUUUGACAUGACUGACAGCCAGACCCUGAUCAGCCGGCUUCAGUGGGAUGGCUCCUCUGAUCUCUCACCCUCUGAUUCAGGCUCCUCCAAGACGAGUGAGAAUCAGGGAUGGGGUCUAGGUACCAACAGCUCCGAGUCACGGAAAACCAAGAAAAAGAAAUCCCAUCUGAGCCUGGUAGGGACUGCCUCCGGCCUGGGCUCUAACAAGAAGAAAAAGCCAAAGCCACCGGCACCCCCUACGCCCAGCAUCUAUGAUGACAUCAACUGACUUGGGUGCAAGGGAUAGCCUUUGGCUAAGCAGAGCCCUCUCUCCCGACCCCCACCCAGGUGGCAUAGCCUGGCAAAUGGACGGCUGCUGGGGGCCUGGGCUUGGGAAGCUUGGUGGGCCAGGCAGGCAGAGGAUCCAAUUAUGUGCCCCUGGGGGGUGUCAGGGUCCUCUGCGAUGGAGUACAACCCCUUGGCAUGCAGGACUCAGACCUGGACAUGUUAUGCCUUGGACAUAAGUUUGGUGGGGAGGCGGUUUUCAUAUUUAUUCUGUGAGUUACUGGAUGUCCAGCUAGGCCAGGGGCCUGACCUGGGCACUCUGCCAGGGCACUGCCUGCCCCCCACCCCAGGAACUGGACUAAGCCCUGCCAAGGAGCAUCGUGGCUACCUGGGAGGCUAUGGGUUCGAAGCUGAGCCUGGAGGGGCCCUCCCCCAGCUGCCCUCAGCAAUGUGAAUGGGUCCGGUGCUUGGAGCUGAGGGGCAGGGCUGGGUGUGUCCUGUCUGUGUGCAGAAUCCUAUCAAAUGCCCCAAAUCCCAGGGGUAGGCAGGCACAGUGAGCUGUCUGCUGAGGUAGGCGUCCAGAACUGCCGCCGCCUUCCCUGCCCCUCAGAGGGGCAGCCCUUUUCCCUCAGUCCCCAUGGGCCUCCUCAGCAGCAGGAGCUGUCCUUUUGUUGUUGGGUGCCAGGAAAGGGCCUCCAGCCUCUACAGCUUCAAAGAAUGGGCACGGGGGAGGGUAGGAAAAGGGAGCUGUGUAUCAAAAAGACUCCCCCUACCUUUUCUCCCUGACCCAGGGCUGGUGAGGAGUGGGGCCCCAAGGUGUGAGGGAACGGUGCUGCUUUAUUUGAAAUGUUUUCUUACCUCAUUCCCUGCCCCAGGAAGGGGCUCAGCCUCACCCUCCUGGGGUGGCCCCAUGUUCCUCCUGCCUACCCUGCCCCACUGGCCUUCCAGGGCAGCCCAUGUUCCCAACUGCUGCUUGCCACCCCCCUCUUUCACCUUGACCAGCUUCAGUUCUUCUCAAUGCUCCUGCCUCCAAAGCCUGCCCUGUUUCCCCUUCCUUAGCCGCUUUUAAGUUAUUUAUUCUGUACUUGUGGUUUGGGGCUCUGAGGAAAAUCCUGUUUUUUUACCUCUUCCCCUUUGCCUAGGAGUGGGGUGGGAAGGGUAGUCUCUGUGCUCUGGGUUAUCAGUGGAGGGGAAGGGGUAUCAUGUCUAGGCAUUGCCCCUCUGUGGACUGCCAUGCCAGUGUGCCCACCUGCCUGGUCUACAUCCUGAAGAGAUGUACCGUCCCACCUCCAUACGGGCACUAUCACUCCCAGGAGCUGAGCUGGAGGAAUGCAGUCUGGGCUGGGAGUAGAGCUGACUGACACGGGUGGAGUUGACCCUAAGCCAAGUUCUCUGGCAUUUGCUGGAUGUGUCCCCUGCCCUCCUCCCAGGAGGAGUUAUCCCACAUUGGGUAGCUAGUACCCAGGACUUGUUGGACUGAUUUGGGUUAGGGAUCCUAGAGGGUUAAGGGAGCAACAUAGAUGGGGUUGUAGUACCCUGUCUGGAACCCCAACCUCCCCCUGGGGUGGUUCUACUUAUGAGUGAUGCCUGGUUACAAAUUGGUUUUUAACCCAAGAAUUGUGAUUAUUUUUUAAAAAGCCAAACAAAUUUUGUCAGGAGUUAGAAUAAAUCCUGGGGCCUGGGCUCCUCUGUUCUUGACCCACAGUCUUCUCCCUCUAAGGGGAAGCCAGAGGUAAAGGAGGAUUUCAGCCAGCCUCCAGCCUGCUUCCAAAUGACGUCCUGGAAGUAGGUUGAAGGUGAAGGGAGGAGGGCCAGGGGCCAUUCUCCCUUCUGAGAGGCAGCUGUGUAGUUCAGGCCCUAAUGUACCCUUUUCCCUCUGGCCUCUCCCAUUCCCCCCUUCUGGUUGGAGGAGGGAGAAGUGGGAAGUAGUUUGGGAACUGGUUUGUCCACAUCCACUUCCCCAUUGUUCCUUAGCCGGCCCUCAGGGCAGAGCCCCCUGCCCAAGCUGGGUAAGAGAUGGGCUUGGUCCAACAGGGACCCUGAGAGAACAAAUCCCUUUCCUUCCCAGGAGAGUAUGCCCCCUACCAUGUAGUUGAACAGGGGCUAAGAGCUCCCCACUUCCCUCCCUCUAACAGCAGGCUGUGUGGGUUUCAAUUCCCAUCCUUCCCACCCUGGCUAGGUGUCGUCCACCCUGUACCCUAUCAUGUGUCUGAGUGUGUGUGGGGGGGUUCUGUACUAAUUUCCAUGGCCGGUGGCUUUUCCUUCCAUGCAUCACUCCCCCCCGCAUGCCCAGGGGCCACCCGCCUGGCAUUACCGCAUGCUGGGGUCAUUGGGGGAGGGGGGUGGGGGCUCACGCUGUCCUGUGGUCUUGAGAUUUUUAUUUUUGCAUAUGUAAUCCAUCUUGUACAGGUAGCUAACUUUGUAAACGCUGUGUAUUUCCCCUGCCCCCAUGGCUGCUGGUGUAAAUAAACUGCAUCUCCCGUUGGUA